AUGAACCCGACUGUGACUCCUACCACCUAUAACGGGAGAACCUCAGGGUCUAAUUCGGCGUCGACUUCUGUUCAGACGGUCAAAAAGGUCGCUUCUGUUUCCGCCCAAUCUUCUCGGAAUGCCCACUUGAAAGGAAGAUCCGUCAGUCCAGAUCGUGCAUUGCUACCUCUGUCCGGAAAUCGUCAUUACGAUCGAAGUCGUUCGAGAAGUCGACCUGAGAAUCAUUUCGAAUCCCAGACACUUAGCCCGAAUUUGAACAUCAAUCGGUGGUCGCAUUCAACCUCUUCCAGUGUAUCAGCCAUUGAUACCGAAGCCCUUCGUGCUCGGGCCAACACAUCAUCUCGACGAAUGAGUAUAGGUCCUCCUUUGAUAACGUCAGAACGAGGACCAAUCUCAUCCCGUUUCUCCAUGACUUCCAGAUCUUCCAGUCAAAGUCCUCCUAGGAAACAAAAUUCGGGGUCAGGAUUUCUCCAGGUGGACCACCAUUCCAGUUCGCGCGAUAUCAGUCCUGUGGCCAUCUCUCCUCUAACUCCGACUUCGAUGUUCAACCCUGGCGCGGGUGAAUACGUAGGUGAAACCUGGCAAGGUCGGAGGACUGGGAAAAAUGGGGAAUCCGUUGCUAUGUCGGUGCAUUAUAUGAGGACGGGUUCACAACCUAGUCUUAAACCUGCCGAAAAUAUCGCAUCACAAUAUACGACUCAGACUCCUCGUCCCGGUACCCGGGAAAGGAGACCCGCCACAGCCGGUCAAGAUGGUUCCGCUGAAGGAAACACUGUUUCCAUUCGAGGAAGAAGUCAUCGAAGCCCUUCUCAAAAGGCGAUGUUAUCGAAAGCACUCGCCAAAGCAAAUACUGCUGUUCUCCUGGACAAUGCUCAAAAUACUGAAGGCGCGAUUGAGGCUUACGCUGAGGCUUGUGAUAUUUUACAACAAGUCUUGGUACGGAGUUCCGACAUGGAUGAUAGAAAAAAGUUGUCCGCUAUCAGAAGUACCUAUUCGAACAGAAUAGCCGAGCUUCAUGAUCUUAAUGACUCCUUUUCUGGUCUGAUGGAAAAGGCUCUUCCGGAAGAUCCUCCUCUUGAUGAAACCAACAACACAUUCUUCACCGGUGAAAGUGUUGAACCCGAUACCACUGGUCUGCUGGAAUCGGUUCAAAUCCCUCCUCGGCAGGAAUCCUUACUACCCGAGAUUUUUGGCGGCGAGACGUAUAUGAACGAGUCAUCCCGCAAAAGGUUGCAUAUACAUAGUCUGGCGGUGCCGAUGGAUACGCAAUAUAUGCCUCCACCACUUUCACCAAGGAGGCCGGCAUCCCCCUCUUCCGAGAGGGAUACCAAUACCCCGCUGGCGACUACACCUGGUGAGUCCGCAGAUGGUGUUCUUCAUGCACGAGAAGAUAGUACCGAGUCCACCUCAUGGCUGGAUACUCUUGAGGACGGUGAUUCUUCAUCCAGAUCAUCUCGACUGUCAUCCAUCGACCUUGGUAUUCGUACCAACCAACAUCUUGCUGAUGAUAUUGAAGCAGAGUUUGACGCGGCUUUGAAUGCCGCUGUCGACGCUGCUUAUGACGAUAGCCUAACGGAAGAACCCACGCCCAGACCUGAUAAACACGGACAAGACUUCAAUGGAAAUUUUGGUCUCCCUCUCCCAGAACUUCAGUCCACCUCUCAGGGACGGCCUGAAUUGUCAGAUCUCGAUCUUACUCGAGAGUAUGAUGAAGGCGAUUCGUCAGAGGAAGAAGAGCGGUUACUGGAGGAAAUGACCAAAGGCUAUGUCUUUGAUGAUUUCUCCUUCGAUAACAAGUCCAAGUCUGCCCUUCCUCGACAAUCAGAUUCAAGUACAGUUUCAGGUCGAACCUGGGCGAGUUCAAUUCCAUCGACAACGGCAACAAAUGCCACGGCGUUGAGUACACUGGCGGAAUCUCAUGAACCAUCAAGUGAAUCCUCUCCACCACCGAUACCUCCGGCCAAAGACCCGUUUAUGGCAUCACCCCUUAAAGCAGCACCUCUUCCUCCUGCUCCUACAUUGCCUUUACCAAAUCAACCGACAAGCAGCCCGACCAGGACCGACAAAUAUGCCGGACUCGGUAUCCGGGAAAGAAGGAUCUCGGGUCAAGUCGGCAAACAGCUCAAGAUUGAAACCUUUGCCAAACGAAGUUCGUCUAAGCCAACCGUUCUGGCACCCUCUGUUCCAGAGCUGGAGAUAUCAUCUACCGAUCGUUCGGGAGCACCUCAGACGGCACCGCUUGAGGCUACGUCUUCGUUGACAUCCGGAACCCAACCGAUUACACCCAUGACUUCGAUGCCAUCCACAGAGUCGAUGAAAAGUGAAUCUCCGGCAACUCCUGCUUUGACCCAGGCUGGAUCGCAAGGUAGUGUUGAUGAUUCAAUGGCCAUGCCACCAUCACCAGCCAAAGUCGCAAAGAUGAUGCCACCUCAAGCAGCGGUCAGGAAGAAUUUAUCUUCUUCGAGCUUAAGAAUGAGGAAUCUUUCUGUCACAACGACCGAGACCAAUAACGAAUCUCCAGUCACACCAAUCAACACUAGUUUCAGUGCCGACGCCAAAAAGGUUGUACCUCCUUUACCUUCGGCUGCGUUGCCCACUCCGUCGACAACUGCAUUCGGACCCCAACUUCUUCAAGCGGGAGGAAUGUACUUGUUUGAGGAUCAUACUGGAGCCACGAGUUCGCCAGAAACACCACGUACACCAAACGCCCCCACCAUGGCUCCCCCACAACCUCUCGAGCCUUGUCCAGAAUCUUUCUUACUUCGUCCUUUCUGGUUGAUGAGAUGUCUAUAUCAGACGCUUGCUCACCCUAGAGGAGGGUAUAUUACGACACGACUCUUUAUACCUCGGGAUAUCUGGCGGGUCAGAAAUGUCAAACUCAGGGCUCUGGAUGACAAGGUCUCACAAUGUGAUCUUUUGACUGCUGCCCUUUUGAAACUGGCCAAAGUUGACACUCUCGAUGCAGAUGCAGUUCUUGAAGAGUUACAAUCUUUCGAGGCUGUCCUGGAUCAGGUUCGAACCACACUGCAAAAGAAAAUUGGCAGCGAUGUGGGAUUCUCGGGUUCCUCCAGCAUAUUUAAAGCUGCGGGAGAAGAAGACCCCAGUUCCAACAGGACGAGCAAUACCACCGCCAAAUCUUUGGCUUCAAGUUGGAGAAAAUUACGGUCGAAGUCAAGCGCUCCUGCAAUCGGUAAUCAAAGUGGACAAAAGGACGGUUCUACCGCUGGUGUGACCAUGUCUUCAUUACCAAUGACUUCGUCGAAUUCUAUUCAUUCAUCUCGAUCGCAUCAGAAUCGAAAAAUCGCGCCUCCCCCAACCCCGUCACAAUUGACCAACGUUCAACCGAUCCAUGCUGCUUAUAUGUCAAGCUUAGCUCGUCUAUUUGACGCCGUUCAAGUCUUGGAUGGGAUCGCUAGACAAGUGGAAGAUCCGGGGUUAAAAUGUAGCAAUAAAACACAAGUUGGGUUGGAAUUGGGGGUCAAGAAUGCAGCAGAAUUCUUUGCCUUUUUCAUCAUUCGGUUUGUCAUGGCAGAUUUGAUGUUGUUGGUGGAUAAGUUCCUAAAAAGAGGAACGGAAUGGGUUCUGACUUGA